UGAGGGUUUUUUUUUUUCGGAAACAAAACCCCGGAGCUGAGCGGCUGAUCCUCCCCGGAUUCAGGUCACCGUCUGUGGGCGUAUCUGAGUCGGAAUGUCGGCUUUUUGCAGCAGAACUGCGGCUGGCAUGGUGAGGCCCUGCGGCUUCGUGAGGCUGCGUCACCUGGUGAAGCCCGUCUCCGCCACCCGGGUGGCCGGCAGGUACCUGAGCCACCAGAGGGGGCUGCCGAGCCUGCCGGUGCCCCCGCUGCAGCAGACCUGCGAGCGCUACCUUACGGCCCUGGAGCCCAUCGUGGAGGCGGAGGAGCUGAGCCGGACCCGGCAGCUGGUCCAGCAGUUCCAGGAGGCCGACGGCGUCGGGCAGCGGCUGCAGAGAGGCCUGGAGAGACGGGCGAGGGACACGGAGAACUGGCUCUCCCAGUGGUGGGUCCAGGUGGCCUACCUGGAGUACCGGCUGCCGGUGGUGGUCCACUCCAGUCCGGGCCUGGUUCUGCCCAGGAUGGACUUCAGGGACAAACGAGGACAGAUCAGGUGAACAAACUGAUCCUGGUGGCGUUGGGAUGAAUUCACCUUUUGGAGGAACGAACCUGAAAUGAUUCACUUCUCAGAGAAUCAGCCUGUGGUUUGUUCUUCAUUCUGUUUGUCUAAAUGUAGUUUAAAUGUAGAAAGUUCUUCUGUCCAGAAUGUGAAUCCAGACCUGCGGCUCCUUGGUUUCAUUUUCCGUCUCUCUGCUCCCCCCCAGUUCUUCCAGCUGGACGUCUACCACAGCGACGGGACGCCUCUGACUCCAGACCAGCUCUGUGACCAGCUGGACAAGAUCUGCAGAGCUUCACCGGGUCCCGGCGCCGAACGUGUCGGGAUCCUGACCACCCAGCACCGAGACGUCUGGGGGAAAUCCUACCUCAACCUCAUCAGAGACCCGACCAACCAAGCGUCCGUGUCGUCGAUCCAGAGGAGCAUCUUCGCGCUGUGUCUGGACGGACCCGGAUCUGCGGAUCGGAGCCGCAGCGCUGCGGCCGUCCAGAUGCUGCACGGCGGCGGCAGCCGGCGCCACAGCGCCAACCGCUGGUUCGACAAGACGCUGCAGUUCGUCGUGGGCGAAGACGGGACCUGCGGGGCGAACUACGAACACGCCCCGGCUGAAGGCCCGCCCAUCGUGGCGCUGAUCGACCACGUGGUCGAGUUCACGAGGAAGUUGGACACGUCUCCGUCUCCUGCAGCGUCUCUUCCUGUCCCUCGGAAACUCCCCUUCGUCGUCUCGGCAGAGCUGAAGAGGGACAUCGAGGCGGCCGAGGCCAGCAUGGACAGCCUGGCCCAGGACCUGGACAUGAGGGUCUCUGUGUUCGGACACUUUGGGAAAAACGUGCCGAAGUCCCACAGGAUGAGUCCGGACGCCUUCAUCCAGGUCGGCCUGCAGCUGGCCUUCUACAGGAAGCACCGGCGCUGCUGCGCCACGUACGAGAGCGCCUCGCUGCGGAUGUUCCGACUGGGCCGCACCGACACGAUCCGAUCGGCUUCCAGCGCCUCGGCUGCCUUCGUUAAGGCCUUCGACGACACCAGCAAGCAGAACCAGGAGAAAGUGGGUCUGAUGGAGGAAGCUGUGAAAGCCCACAGGUCGUACACCAACACGGCGAUCAGCGGGCAGGCCAUCGACAGACACCUGCUGGGCCUGAAGCUGCAGGCGGCCGAGGAGAAACUUCCCGUCCCAGAGAUCUUCAGAGAUCCUGCCUUCGCUAAAGCUCUGCACUACCGACUGUCCACCAGCCAGGUACCACCGGACCGGACCGGACCGGACCGCUCUGGGUCCAGAACCCGACCCGGAUCCAAGCCUGUCACUAUAACAAAUGAUGCAGUGAACGAUAACAUUGUUGCUUUGAGUCCAUUUCCAGUAAUAUACCGUUAAAAUUUAAAGCUUUAAAAUUUAACAUUUUAAAUGUAAAAUAAAAAUAAAAACCCAAAUAAAGUGAAUUGUAAUGUUUCUGGAAACAAAAGCUGAUUUAAACUCCUGCUCCACUGAUGAUGAUCUGCCAGUUGGUGUUUGUCGCUUUUAUUUUCAUCUGAAACACCAGAUUCCACAGCACAUCUACAUGCUAAGGUUUCAUGGUCAAGCUAGCAUAACUGAGCUACUUUCCUUUUCUUCGCUACAAAUUGUUCCUAACCUUGUUAACUCGCUAUGUUGGUGUUGACAAUCAGUAGCAAUGCACUGCAUCCAGUUUCCUUUAAGAUUUAGUGCGUUAUGUUGCUAACUUAGCAGCUAACAUCAAUGCUAGUCAUUGUUAGCUA